AUGGGGGACCAAACGGAUAUAGCAGCAGGAGACGGAGUGAAAGGUGGGUCGGGACUCAAUGAUAACGUGAAGUCUUUUACGGCAGGCGGUGUUGGAGGUGUUUGUGCGGUAUUGUCGGGUCAUCCAUUUGAUUUAUUGAAGGUACGGUGCCAAUCUAACCAGGCUUCAGGGACGAUUGAUGCAGCACGGAAGAUUUUGGUUGAGGCUCGUGGCAAGUCGGGGAUUGCAGCAGUUAAUGCUCUGAAGGGGUUUUACAAGGGAGUGAUUCCUCCUUUGAUUGGGGUGACGCCUAUAUUUGCGGUGAGUUUUUGGGGGUAUGAUGUUGGUAAGAAGAUUGUGAAGCUCAAUGAUACCUCUGCUGGGAUGACUACUGCUCAGAUUGCCACGGCCGGGUUUAUUUCGGCGAUUCCUACUACGUUGGUGACGGCGCCUACUGAGCGGGUGAAGGUAGUGUUGCAGACAUCUUCGAAGCAUUCGUUGGGAUCCGCAGCGAAACAUAUUCUGGCCACAGGUGGGUUGAGGUCUCUAUUCAAGGGGUCUCUUGCCACGCUAGCUCGUGAUGGACCGGGUAGUGCGUUGUACUUUGCCUCUUACGAAUUCACAAAGGCAAAGUUGAAUGCUAUUUCAGGUACGAAUGAACUAAGUAUUGCGAAUGUGUGUCUUGCUGGCGGGGUUGCAGGUGUUUCUAUGUGGCUUGGUGUGUUCCCGAUCGACACUAUAAAGACUAAGUUACAGUCGAGCAGUGUGAAACAAGGAAUGCUGGAAGCAACUAAGGAAAUCUACAGAACCCGUGGUGGUAUCAAAGGGUUCUUCCCGGGAAUUGGACCUGCUCUGCUUAGAUCCUUCCCUGCGAAUGCAGCUACUUUCUUAGGUGUGGAGAUGACUCAUGCGUUCUUUAAGAAGCAUGACUUGUGA